CAAUAGCAUAGUGCAUUAAGCAUACGCCGCGUGUGCGACAAAGAAAAUAAACUUUUAACAUUAAUUGCAGGUAAACACGACAAAAAUUAGCAGCUGAACGACCCUGAACUUUGAACUGACAGUGAACUUAGGCACGAAAGUCAACAAGGACAACAGCAACAACAAUAUGGCCAGCAUGGGCCGCUUUGGCAAGCUGAGCCAGCGCAGUGCGGAACUCGAGGCGGAGGCGAGUGCAGCGCUAUUGAAGUCAUCACCCAACAUAUUAGAGAACUUUGCCUACGACGAGUAUCAGGCAUUGGCACACGCCCAGCUCAAGCGCAUGGCCACUGCACCACCACCAGAGCCGCCCAAGCGGUCGACCUCGCCACGUUUCUGCGAAACGCUGGAGCGUCAUGCAUUCAUGCGAAAUGUCAUCAACACACAGCCGGAGCCGCAGCGACGCUACUCGACGCCUGGCGAGAAGGAGGCGCACGUGCGCCGCAGCUUGGAGGAAAUCAGCAAGGACAUCAAAGAGAUUGAGCAGUUCGUUAGCGCCACAGAGCAGCUGCUGCAGCAGGAGCGCGAGCAGGAGCGUCUGCAGCUGGAGCAACGCAAGCGCGACAAGGAAAACAAGACGCCCAGUCCGCCCAAGCGCAUUAGCUACAAGAUCAAUGCCUACAAGGCGCCGCAGCGCCGUCAGCGUCCAAACAGUCCACGCUUCUAUCACUCGCGUCUCUACUUUCGCAACGGACGCAUUGGCUGCGUCGAUGCCGAGCGCAAUGGCCAGGCGAGCAAUAUCGAAAGCACACACGCUCUGGUUAAGCAUAUACUGCAGCAUGAGAAGCCGCUGGUGAGUCCGGACAGCGUGCGGCGCGUGCUGCAGCCGCAGUAUAUGGAGCUGACGCCGCUGCCUGGUGCCAUUGAAGAGCCGCCGCAAACUGUGCCUGAUCCCAUUGCAGCUCUGCGUGCGGCAGAGCUAGUGGCGGCCACAGGACGCGUGCUCAUAGAGCCCACGACGACAGCAGCACUGGAUGAGGGUGAUGCUAGCUCGCAGCCGCUGGAGGAUGAGGAUGAACAGGAUGUGCAGAUUUGCUACAACGAAUCGCCAGAGCUGCAGAAUGAGGAUCACAAUGUGCGCACCACGCGCAGCUCUUCGCUGAAUGAAAGCGAAAUUGUCGCCGUUGUCGAGGCUGAGCCAUGUCAUCGUCCCAGCAGCGCUGGCAGCCUGGACUCGCAGGGUCAGCAGUUUCUGCGUGAUCAGGUGCGUCAUUUGGUGCGUCGCUUCACCGCACGCGCCAACAAAGUCAAGUCACGCAUUGAGCUGCCGCCCACACCCUCGUCCAGUAAUGCAAGCUCACCCACACCGCCGGGCAGCGCAGCCCAGCCGGGUCUGCAUGCCAGCACUAAGAGUUUGCAUCCCUCGCCGGAGCACAAGGUGCGUCUGGUGCCUGCUGGGCAGUCACCGCAUCGUGGUCGUCUCUUUGAGGCCGACACGCCACGCUCAAAUGUCUGGCUCUGCUCGAGUCUGUGUGGUGCCAACAACGAUGAGCGCACGCUGGAUCCGCAGGGCAAGAUCUAUAUAUCCUGGCUUUGCGUUGUGUCCUUGUCGUUUCUCUACAAUGCGUGGGUCAUACCCUUGCGUGCUUCGUUUCCGUUUCAGACCAAGGAGAAUACAAACAUUUGGCUCGCCUGCGACUUCUGUGCGGACAUCAUUUAUCUGCUGGAUGUGGUUUUCUUCAAGCAUCGGGUCAUGUAUCUCUUUGAGGGCUUUUGGGUGAAGAAUAAAAACCUAACGAGAAAAAAUUAUAUGCGCAAAUUGCAGUUCAGGCUGGACCUCUUGGCUUUGCUACCCUUGGAGCUAUUCUAUCUUAAAUAUGGCACUGGCGCUGUUUGGUUGCGUUUCCCACGUUUCUUUAAGAUACAAAGCUUCUGGGAAGUGUUUCGUCUGCUAGAUCGCGUCAUCUCCUCGCCACACUUUGUACGUGUGGCUAAGACUCUAACCUAUAUGCUGUAUAUGAUUCACAUUACCGCCGCCUUGUAUUAUGCCUAUAGCGAUUAUCAGGGCUUGGGCAAGAACCGUUGGGUAUUCAGUGGCAAGGGACAUCCGUAUGUGAGAUGCUUUGCCUUUGCCACCAAGACAGCGACAUCUAUUGGCAAAAAUCCCAAGCCGGAGCGACAGGGCGAAUAUGUUUUCAUGACUGUAGCUUGGCUCAUGGGCGUAUUUGUGUUUGCUCUGCUAAUUGGUCAGAUACGCGACAUUAUCUCAACGGCUACGCGCAAUAGGCACGAGUAUAGACAGCUGGAGGAUGAAACCUUGGAGUAUAUGCGACGUUUGAAUCUAUCGCAGGAGGUGCAGUCGCGUGUCAAGAUGUGGUUUCAGUUCACCUGGGAGCAACAACGCACUUUGGAUGAGUCCAAUAUUUUGGAUGCGCUGCCCAUCAAUCUAAAGACAGACAUUGCCAUAUCGGUGCACAUACAAACCUUGUCCAAGGUGCAACUUUUUGCGGAUUGCGAGGAAGCGCUGCUGCGUGAUUUGGUGCUGAAGCUACGCGCAGUUACUUUUCUGCCUGGAGACUUUGUCUGCCGCAAGGGUGAAGUGGGACGUGAAAUGUAUAUUGUAAAGCUUGGACAGGUGCAGGUCAUGGGCGCUAGCGAUGUGGUGCUGGCCACACUUACCGAGGGCUCUGUCUUUGGUGAAAUCAGUCUGCUGGGCAUUAAUGGCGCCGAUCGUCGCACGGCUGAUGUGCGCUCCAGAGGUUAUUCGAAUUUGUUUGUGCUGUCCAAGUCGGAUCUGAAUGAGGUUAUUGCCUACUAUCCCAAUGCACAGGCCAUACUUAAGAAGCGUGCACGCCAACUUAUGCGCAAGAAUGCAGCGCGUGAGCGCGAGGAGGAGGAACGUGAGCGCGCACGCAGCGCUUUGCAGGCAGAUGUGGUCAUUGGUAAUCCCAAGACACCAGAGACGCCACCAAAGCUGCUGCAGACCGUUAUACAAGCGCUGCCGUUUGAAUCGCCCGCCGUUGUGCUUAUUACGCGCGGCUCGAAGCGCGUGCGGCGCAAGCGUCACUCGCUGCAAAUGGAGACAAUUGUGGAGCCCAAGCUGGAUGUGGCUGGCGAGGCAGAGGGCAAACAGUUGGGCGGCAAUAGAGAUCGGGAUAGCUUCAUUAUGAAGCCAGGACGCGGCUCGCCUGACCUGCUGUCCUCGAUUCAACAGGAGCUCAAAACAAAGCACAAGUUUAUAAAUCUGACUGAUUCGGAGAAGGCAUUGAUCAUCACACAGUCGGCCAACAAUUCCAUGGAAUGCGUGCAGGAAGAUUUAUAAGGCACUUACUUAUACUAUACUAUAAAUAUACGUGUUAAUAAUAGCUUUGUGCAAACCCAUUGUCUAACAAUAAACUAUAUGCAUAUGUAUUAAAUACUAGUUAAUAAAACAUUGCGUUAUGUAAUCGCUGCUU